GCUGGAAAGAGCAGGAUACGCAGAAAAAAAUUUAUCAAUUGCCCUCACAAGUCUUCCUCCCUCCCUCUCGGCUCUCCUACUUUCUCUCUCUACUUUCAUUCUUUCCUUCCACGGAGAGAGAGUUAUUCGUCGGCCAUUGCUAAAGGAAGAAAUCCUAUCGAAAUUGCUAUUCCGGUUUCUUAAACUUUUGUUAUUGCGAUUAUUAUUGUCAGCAUUUUUAUUGUUUUCAUGAUUAUGCAUUGAUGAUUCGGUUUGUUGGAUUUUCAUUUUGGCUGAUUCGUUGAUUGCAAUUGGUAGAUUUCGUAAGUUUGGAUGCAUUUUAGGCACACAUUCGGAUCUCUGUGUGUGUAGGAAGGCGAAGCUCUAGGUGUUAUUUUCACACAUACAUAUAUAUAUAUAUAUGACAGAUUGGAUUUCUACGUAACAUAUUUGUUUGGUUUGAUUUGGUAAGUGUGUGGACGCAAAAAGGAAGUGACAGUGGAUUUGGAAAUCCAAUGCGUUGGUCUCGGAAGAGACCGGGGCGUCGGUGAAAUCCGGAUCGUUGAAUUGUAGCCGGGCGGAUCUGAUGGUGAAAAGAACAUUGUGGUUGGAUUGCUUAGGAGUUGUUGCACAGCAGAAAAACAAGGACGGUAGAGGCGGUGGUUCCCGCGGCAUUCGUAUUGGGCAUUCAUCUAGGGUUGUGCGGGUGGUGGUGGUGAAGGAUUGGAAUUGGAUUCUGGUAGGGAUAGCAGCAAUAACAACCGUGGCGGCGAAGGAGGGAGGAAGAUGCAGCUGCACUUCUCUCCUAGCAUGAGAAGUAUAACGAUAUCGAGCAGCAACAAUGGAGGGUUGGGUGAUUUGAUGAAGAUCAAGGUCGCAGCUCGCCACAUUUCUUACCGAACACUCUUUCAUACGGUCCUUAUCCUUGCUUUCUUGUUGCCUUUUGUCUUCAUCCUCACGGCUGUUGUUACACUUGAAGGUGUCAACAAGUGCUCCUCGUUUGAUUGUUUAGGCAGGCGAUUGGGACCAAAGCUUCUUGGAAGGGCUGAUGAUUCAGGGCAGAGGCUUGUGAAGGAUUUUGUUAAGAUCCUUAAUCAAGUGAACUCUGAGGAAUUGCCUGCUGGCUUAAAGCUCCCCGAGUCAUAUAAUCAUCUUGUUUCUGAAAUGAAAAAUAAUAAACACAAUGCAAAAGAGUUUGCUUUGAUGGUUAAGGGAAUGAUGGAGAGAUUUGAAAGGGAGAUCAGGGAAUCUAAAUUUGCAGAACUGACAAAUAAACACUUUGCUGCAAGUUCAAUACCUAAGGGAAUUCAUUGUCUCUCCUUACGGUUGACUGAUGAGUAUUCCUCCAAUGCUCAUGCGCGCAAGCAGUUGCCUUCACCAGAACUACUUCCUUCGCUUUCUGACAACUCAUUACACCAUUUUGUACUGUCAACUGAUAACAUCCUAGCUGCUUCCGUGGUGGUCAAUUCUGCUGUCCAGUCCUCUCUUAAGCCUGAAAAGAUUGUUUUCCAUGUCAUCACAGACAAGAAAACAUAUGCUGGUAUGCACUCAUGGUUUGCUCUGAAUCCAGUCUCUCCGGCUAUUGUUGAAGUAAAAAGUGUUCACCAGUUCGACUGGUUGACAAGGGAGAAUGUUCCCGUGCUUGAAGCUGUGGAGACCCAUAAUGGAAUUCGUAAUUACUACCAUGGGAAUCAUGUUGCAGGGGCCAAUCUGAGUGAUACUACUCCUCGCUCCUUUGCCUCAAAAUUGCAGGCUAGAAGUCCUAAAUAUAUCUCCUUGCUAAAUCAUCUUCGUAUAUAUCUGCCUGAGCUUUUUCCAAACCUGGACAAAGUGGUUUUCUUAGAUGAUGAUGUUGUAAUCCAGCGUGACUUGUCCCCACUCUGGGACAUUGACCUCAAUGGAAAGGUUAAUGGGGCUGUAGAGACCUGUAAAGGUGAAGAUGAUUGGGUAAUGUCUAAGCGAUUCAGAACAUACUUCAAUUUUUCUCAUCCUCUCAUAGCUAAAAACUUGAACCCUGAUGAGUGUGCCUGGGCUUAUGGGAUGAACAUUUUUGACUUGCGUGCAUGGAGAAAGACGGAUAUAAGAGACACAUAUCAUGCAUGGCUCAAAGAGAAUUUGAAGUCAAACUUGACAUUGUGGAAGCUUGGAACACUGCCUCCUGCCCUUAUUGCAUUCAAGGGUCAUGUCCACCCAAUUGAUCCCUCUUGGCACAUGCUUGGAUUGGGCUACCAGAAUAAAACCAAUAUAGAGAAUGCCAAGAAAGCUGCAGUUAUUCAUUACAAUGGCCAGUCUAAGCCGUGGUUGGAGAUAGGGUUUGAACAUCUCCGACCAUUUUGGACAAAAUAUGUGAACUACACCAAUGAUUUUGUUAGGAAUUGCCACAUCUUGGAGUAGUCAGAUUUGUGCAUGAAAGAAAAGAUAAGAAAGUUGCAAGAACAUGGAUCUUGCACAAGUUCUUUUUUUGGCAACUACAAUUUUGUGAGGAAGUAAAUCAAGACUUGGCUAAAUGGGUGUCUGUCAUAUUCAAAUGGUUCUCGCAUUUGAUGAUCUGAGGACCUGCUGUUACUACCAUGGGGACAGAAUUCAUUCUUUCAGUCUGUAAACUAGCAGUUACAUUGCCUAUUUUUCGGUUGGAAAACAUACACUAAUUUGGCCUCUUAGCACGGGUGUAGCUUCCUCAGUCCUGAGAAAGAAUCAACAAAGGAUGGCAGAAGAUUCCUCGCUUGCCACACACGUUAAUUGCUGCACGGGAGAGAGAAAGCUAGGAUGCUGGUCCUUCUCAAGCACUCUCCCACUUUGGCCUCAUUAGAUAUAUAGAUUAUUCUUUAUAUUCCUUUUUUCUUUUUCCAUUAGAUUUGUUGCUUAUCUCCCAUUUUUACCAAUUCUCCUGAUUCUAUAUAUUUAUGGUGAUAUUAGUCGGUAGGUUGUGGAACCCUUAGAUUAUUUUUUUUGGGCAUUUGUUCUAUACGAAAUUCUUGGGGAUCAAUUAAUGUGCAGAAAAUUCUUUCUACCUAGUUUUUAGCCAUGGAGCUUUUUUGGGACAUAUGUUUGCAUAUGAUAGAUUUGUUCUUUCUGAAAAAAGAACCUAUUGUACCUCGAAACAAAUGUAAAAGAGAUUGUGUAUCCUUUGUGUUUAUUAUUUUCAUUCAUUUAAUGAAAUUUCAUCUUUACUA